AAACUUUUUUUUUUGGGGGGUCUCACUUCAACGCUCUCCAAAAAAAAACAGCCGGAGCUUUUUAACAGAAAGAAAGCGGCACUGAAUUGAUCAGAAGGAGGCGGAGGAGGAGGAGGAGGAGGAGGAGGAGAAGAUUCGGAGAGAACAGAGAGAGAGAGACGGAGAGGGCACGAGGACACCGACAUCAUGUCUGUACAGUACUCCGAGGGGCCGGGAGUGGAGGCAACUAAUAACAGCUUCUGGAUGCCAGGUAACUACAAGAGCACAUCGAAACGCACGGACGAGGGCUACAAAGUCUGCAACGACAUCAUCGCCUGCUUCAAGGAGAGAGCCAAGAUCGAGCGGCAGUACGCCUCGCAGAUCUCAGCCUGGUCACGCAAGUGGAAGCCAUUGGUGGAAGCAAGUCCGAUGUACGGCACGCUGCUGAAGGCCUGGCACGCCUUCCUGACGUCGGCGGACAGGCUGAGCGAGCUGCACGUGGAGAUGCAGAGGUCGCUGGUGAGCGAGGACGCCGAGAGGAUCCGGGGCUGGCAGAAGGAGACCUACCACAAGAAGUUCUUCGGGGGCUUCAAGGAGACACGGGAGGUGAACGAGGGCUUCCGCAAGGCGCAGAAACCCUGGACCAAGAAACUCAACAAGGUGGGAAAGAUGAAGAAACUGUACCACACCGCACGGAAAAAGGAGCGAGUGGCUAUCAUCCGGGAAACCAACAGCAAAGGGAACCAGCCCUCGUCCCCCUCCAAACAGCAGAAGCUUCAGACGGCUCGGGAGAAAACCAAACAGGAGGUAGAGAAGGUUAAGCAACGUUACGAGAAGACCACCGAGGACCUGAACAAAUACAACGCCAAGUACAUGGAGGAGAUGGAGACCGUGUUCGACCAGAGUCAGCAACUGGAGCAGCGUCGCAUCAGCUUCCUCAAGCAGAUCUUCCUGUCUUUCCACAGACACCUCGACGUCACCAACAAUGAGAGUUUCCGUACUAUAUUCCAGGACCUGCACCAGACGAUUCUAGCGGUGAACGAUCAGAACGACCUGAGGUGGUGGAGGAACACACAGGGGCCUGGGAUGCCUAUGAACUGGCCACAGUUUGAGGAAUGGAGCCCGGACAGAGAGAAAAUCACGGGGAAAAAGAAGCCGGGGAAAAAAGGCGGAGACAAAGUGGUUCUUCAAAGCUUAAGCGUGAGCAAAGGGCACCGCCCCGGCGAGAACGCCGCUGACAUCCCCGGAGUGAGGGUGCGGGCUCUGUAUGAUUACUCCAGCCAGGAACCGGAUGAGCUCAGUUUCAAAACAGGUCAGGAGCUGACGAAGAUAGAGGACGAGGAUGAACAAGGCUGGUGUAAAGGAUACCUGGAUGGAGGCAGGGUCGGGCUAUAUCCAGCAAACUACGUGGAAGUUCUCCUGUAGAAGGCAACACGUUAAAGAAAAGCCAUUCGUUCGUUUA